GCGGAAGUGGCCCCGUGGUGCUGCCUCUAACCGUUCAGAAGUCAACUCCUUUUCUACACGAAAAGCUAGGCCUCAGACCGCUAUGGAUGGGCAGCAAGGGCAACCAAGCCAAGCAUCGCUGGCACUCGCCCAAGCUCACUUCAACAAGGGCGAAUACGCGGAAGCCGAGACGCUGUACUCCGCUUACAUUCGCCAGUGCGCCUGUGCAGGCUCCGAGGGAGCUGCGCCCGGGAGCAAAUGCAGCCCCGAGGACUUGGCUACUGCGUAUAACAACAGGGGGCAAAUCAAGUACUUGAGGGUUGAUUUUUAUGAAGCCAUGGAUGACUACACAUCUGCCAUACGAGUCCAGCCCACGUUCGAAGUUCCGUAUUACAACAGAGGGUUGAUAUUGUAUAGGCUGGGAUACUUUGAUGAUGCUUUGGAAGAUUUCAAGAAGGUAUUAGACUUAAAUCCUGGAUUCCAAGAUGCUACCUUGAGCUUAAAACAGACUAUUCUAGACAAAGAAGAAAAACAAAGAAGAAUUAAUGAAAAAAAUUAUUGAAAGUUUUAGCAUAAUUGAAAUAUUAACUCAUGAUCCUUAUACCUGGCAUCUCGUUGCUUGUAAUGUCAAGUUAGGUGUUGAGCUAUUUCGAUUUAUAUUUAAGGUAGAGAUUCAUUAUUAGCACCGAAAGUUAAGUGAUGUAUUUAAAGUAGUUAAUUUCA